AGACAGUUAGACCCCCUUAUAGAGGAACGCUGGUCCUCCGCCACCCUCAGAGUCCUCUCCUCCAUGCCCAGCCGCACCAUCGGUCGCAGUCGAGGUGCUAUCAUCUCUCAGUACUGUAACAAGACCAUGAAGUUGAGGAGACGCAGACAGAGCAGACCUUCCAUAAAAUACUUUUCCCGCUCUGCACGACCCAGUAUCCGUGGUUACGGCGUGGAGACGGGAGGCGUGGAGACCGACGGCGUGGAUGGGGAGGGGCGUAAGCGUGACCACCUGGUCAACAACCUUCAGAACCUCUCUCUGAGUGACCGGGUCAGGAUGCUGCGAGCCAUGCCUCUGUCUGUGGCUGAGAAGAGUGAACUAAGGAGGUUGGCUGAUAGGAAGGGUCUACGCUCCAAACACAGUCAGAUCCCCUGCUGUAGCCAGCUGAAGUAUAACAUCAUCAACGCUCUGAGACAUAGCUGGUACAGCUGUCUGUCUUUCCUCCACUCCCUACAGCUGUGGCAGGUGGCGCUGAAGAGGGUGAGCGGUCGUUUCGGCACCGGCGUCCUCUCCUACUUCCUGUUCGUCAAGACCCUCCUCUUCUUCAACGUCUUCCUGUUCCUGGUCACGGUUUUGUUCCUGGCCCUGCCCCAGGCAGUACACCCCCCCAGGUUAACCCAGGGACACGUAGCCUUCUCUGGGCUGGAGCUGCUCACUGGAGGGGGUUAUUUCUCAGACUCAGUGAUGUACUAUGGUUACUAUAGUAACUCUACCCUGUAUAAGAACUGUAGUGUCAGUAGUAGCGGUAUGGACCAGCAGCCCAGUCACUCUCCAUCUAAAAGGACAAUGGAAACAGACUGUGGAGUGAAGCUGUCCUACAACAUGCCCCUGGCAUACUUCUUCACCAUAGGAGGGGCUUUCUUCAUCACCUGCAUCAUCCUCGUCUACAGCAUGUCCAAGUCGUUUGGUCAGAGUUUCCGUAUAGACAAGUCUCAUGGUAUCCUGGCGAUGAAGGUGUUCACUUCCUGGGACUUUAAAGUCAUCAAGAAGACCUCCGUCAAACUCCGCUCUGAAAACAUCUGCACUCAACUCAAGGAGUUGUUAGAGGAGACUAAUCGGAAGCAUGUCCAGAAGACAGUGUGUCAGAGAAUAGGACGUGUGACAGUACAUGGUCUGGCAUGGUUCAUCUGUAUAGGCAGUACUGUGGCCUGUGUUCUAGCUCUGUACUACUUCUCUGAGUACAUGCACAAGGACCUCCAGUACAGAUCUCGUAUUCCCACUAAGGACCCUCUCCUGAAGGAAGCAAGUCUGUUAGCCCUGCCAGUCGUAGUGUCUCUCAUCAACCUCCUGCUCCCUGGCCUCUUCAACGCUACUGCCUGGAUGGAGGAGUACGACUCGCCCAGCGUACACACAUACGUCGCCAUCAGCAGGAACCUGAUGUUGAAAGUGAGCGUGCUCGUAGUGCUGUGCUUCCAUUGGCUGGGCCGGAUCGCUUCUGACCCCAACAGCAUCGGCCUGCAGUGCUGGGAGAGUUUUGUAGGACAGGAGCUGUACCGCUUCCUCCUCAUGGAUUUCAUCUUUACCAUACUGGACACCUUCUUUGGAGAGUUCCUCUGGAGGUUGUUUUCUCAGAGGGUGUUGAAGAGGAAAAGGAAGCCUGUGUUUGACAUCGCCAGGAACGUGUUGGAACUCAUCUACGGACAGACACUGGCCUGGUUGGGGGUGUUGUUCACUCCUCUGCUUCCUGCUGUACAGAUCAUCAAACUACUGCUUCUCUUCUACAUGAAGAAGACUAGUGUAAUGAUGAACUGCCAGUCCCCUAGGAAGCCCUAUAGAGCCAGUCAGAUGACCACCAUCUUCAUCACACUCCUCUGCUUCCCUUCAUUCCUGGGGGCUGCCGUGUGUGUUACCUACACUAUGUGGAGUAUCCGUCCGUCUGAGUCAUGCGGUCCGUUCCGUAGCCUGUCCACUAUGUUCCAGUCAGGGAAGCUGUGGGUGAAGGAGUUGGGGAGACACAACCCUAACCUGGCCUGGCUAGCCUGGGCUCACAGCUACAUCGUGGAGAACCCUCUGUUUCUGUUCCUGGCUGCUGGGAUCUUCCUGGUAGUGAUUUACUUCAACACCCAGGUGGUGGAUGGACAGAGGAAGAUCAUCAGUCUGCUGCAGGAGCAGAUAGAAAACGAGGGGGAGGAUAAGAAGUUCCUGAUCACUCGUCUCCAGGCCCUCCACCAGCAGAAACCACCCUUCUCUCCUCGCAGACUCACCAGUCAGGCCAGUCAGGAUUCCAACGGCUAGCAUUCCAACUACUUCUCUCCCAUCUCAGUGGAGGGCAUAUCUCGGAAGAUCUCUGAAUAUCCUUUGGGAAAUGUCCUGGAUGGAACAAAACUGGAUAUACCUCUCCUCUCCUGCCUCUGGGAAGAGUUGUUAAGGAAUUCUUAAACUGGAAAACUAUUCUCAUAGGAUGUACACUCUUUCCCAGGAAUCUGGGUUGGGAUUGGGACUGGGACUAUAAAGGAAUUUACUUCUUUACAAUAACAAAUCCCACAUAGGCCAAAACAGGAUUCUAAUAGGAUCCACACUCUUUCCCAGGAAUCUGGUCCUUGUAAGGAUUGGGAAUAGGAUUGGGAAUGGGACAAAGCAGGAUUUCCCUCUUCCAAUAACAGGCUACACCUCAUAGGGAAAGACCACAGUCUUUAUGUGAACUUACUAUGGCCAAGCCAUAGGCUACAUUUUACUGUAACUAGGCUACAUUUUACUGUAACUAGGCUACAUUUUACUGUAAAUAGGCUACACCUUACUGUAACUAGGUUACACCUUACUGUAACUAGGCUACAUAGGAAAAUACCACUGAGUUUAUAUGAACUUACUAUGGCCAAGCCAUAGGCUACACCUUACUGUUUAUUCUUCAUAUGAAAUGAAAGGACAUGUCACAAAACAAAAUAAUGCUUUAUCAAGCUCAAUAGUUUCAGCCAAGGAUGUUUGUCCUUUAAAAAAAAAAACUUGGAUUGGAACCCCUGGUCAUGCGAAAGGAUGUAGGAGUGAAGAGGUGAGGAAACGAGACUGGGAUACGGUGUGCUUGUAGGGACACACAGAACAGAAUGCACUUUUUUUUUUACAACUUUGAAUAGGGAUCAGAUCAAAUGCCAAUAAGCUGCAAACAUUGCACAAAGGGUUAAAACAGUGUCAUUGUUAAGCAGGGUUAAUUCUGUGAUAUAUAGGAUUUUUAUUUUUUUAUUGUAAAUAGUAUGAUUGUUUUAUUACUUUAGAUGUUUUAUUGUAUAAACUGGUCUUUUGUCAACAGCCCUUUCAUACCAACUGUGAACAAAUAGGUUAUUUCUUUCCAUUUCUGAUAUAUAA